AUGAAUUCCAAGAAAAGUAAACAUAAAAAGCCAAAAUCAACUAAUAUUAGUGCAGUUUCAGCUCUUAGUGAAAUCAAUGAAAACUUAGAAGAAACUAAAAUUGAAGAAUUUGUGAAUCAGGAUAAUGAUAUUUGCUUAAACGAUGAUUUGAGGUUAGUUCCGGAAGUUGAAAAUGUCUGUAUUGAAGCUGCACCAGUUGCACCAGUAAAACCGAAAAGAAAAAAAGGAAAAAAGAAAAGAGAUGAACCUGCAUCUGAUGAUGACAUUUUAAGAGUUUCUGAAGCACCGAAUAUUGAACCUCAUAUUUUUAAUGAACCUAAACAAUUGGAGGCAAAUAUUGAAAAAGGAAAUGAAGUCAUUACAACUCGAAAGAAAAGAAAAGGUAAGAAAAAUACUAAUAAUACCGAAGAGGAGUUUACGGAUGAAACACAAUCCAUACCGCACGUUUUUGUGGAUGGUCUGAUAAGUGAAAAUGUUUCUUCAAGUAUUAAAAAUGCAACUCCUAUAAAGAAACAAAAGAAAAAGAAACAUUCAGAUAACACAGAAUUAGCAUCUUGUACAUCGGCUUUUCAAAAGUUAUUGGAACCUGGAGAAUGUCAGCAAGAAUCAUAUCUAUCUGAUAGCAGUUAUGCAGAGGGUUUGACGCAAGAAAAUACGGAUAAAUGUGACCAAUUACCAGGAGCACUGCCAACAGGUAAAAAGAAAAAGAAGAACAAAAAAGACAAGAAUAAGGUUGUUGAAGCUAUAGCUACGAGUAAUCCUACCUCGAUUGUUACGGAAGAAAAUAAAAUCGAAAAGUUUGAAGAAAUAACUAGUUUAGUCAUCGAAGACACAAAACCAAAAGCCGUUAUUGCCAAACCUGUAGAUAAAAAGCGUAAAAAUAGGAAAGGUAAAAAUACAACACCUGCAAUUGACAUUGAAGAAACAAUAUCAAAUAAUCCAAUUCCUGAAGACGUUAACAAAAUUAUUAAAGAUAAUAAGGAUGCAGAUGUCAUGUUAUUAAAAUCAGAAGUAAGAGACUGCAUGACUGACGAUGAUAAUUCGAGAAAGCAAAGUGAACAGAAUAUUACAUUAAUUUGUAAUGACCAAAGUAAAGAACAAAGCUAUGAAGAUGUUCAAAGCGAUAAAACUACGGAAUUUAUGGAAGCACGCCCAUCGAGAAAGAAAAAGAGAUUAGGAAAACAUACUGACAAAGAGAAUAUUCGAGAAACUAUACCAGGUAUAGAUAAAGGACUUAAUAAGAGUGAUAUGCAGUUAAAUAUUUCCAGCAAUUCUUUACAAAGUGAUUUAAAAGAAAAAGAAUCAAAUGUUACGCCAGAUUUAAUACAAUACCCAAGAUCUAGUAGUCAACAGCAAUUUGACAACAAUAAUAAUAUGGUUAUACGUGAAAUUAAUUCCCCAGAUCAGGCACAACUAGGCAUUCCCAUCUUAAUGUCAGUUCCUCUUGUAGAAGGUUCGGGUGAAUCGCCAGAAGUAAGAUCUAAACAUGAUCCUUUAGAUUUAGAAGUUAUAGAAAUAAAAACAGAAACGACAAAUAACAGUGAUAAAGAUAUGCUACUUGAAGAAAACGUUCAUAUCCAAGAAGUACAGGAAUUGAAAAUGACUUUUGAAAAAUCCCUGGCUGAACUUACUGAAUUAGAAAGAAACGACUUAGAUGCUGAAAGAGAAUAUGCAGAGGUACUAGAAUAUAAUUUAAAAGAUUUAACUGCGACGCAAGAGGAAAAAUCGUUAGAAGAAAUUAUUUUAACUACACCCUGUGAAUCCAACAAGGCAGAAAAAAAUAUGCUAGAAGAGAUUAACAGAAGACCAGAAUCAGUUGCCCCUCCUGUGUGCCCUGCAAGAAAAGACAAGAAAAGCAAGACUAAGAAAAAGGGUAAUAAAACACCCGAAGCCUGUAGUGUUACUACUACUACUACUACUACUACUUGUGGUGUCAAUGUAAGUGUAUCCGGUUCAAAUAAGAGCGUACAAGAAACAGACAAAAAUGAAAAAAAAGAUAAAAAGUCAGAUACUCAGGAGAAGAAAGGUAAACAGCAGUCUACAAAUCAAGAUAACAUUUUAGUAGACUCCCAAGAAACUACAGUAUUACCAGCUGUCUUUGAACCUAUUGAAAAGUUUGAGGACGCUUUAACAUCGAGCACUGAAGAUAUUAACGAUACAUUUGAGAUGAUCGCUAAAGAGGCAAGUGAAUUACCGAAUCAGAAAAAGUUGUUUCAAAACCCUGAAAUAAGUGUUACUGAACCAGAAGAAGAUGCAAAAGCGAAACCUGUUAAAGUAAACCCUGCUUCACAGCCAAAAAACUUAUUAGGUCAUCCCAACAUUCCUGCACAAUCGAAUAAGGCAGACUAUAAAAAAGAAAAGAAUAAACCGCCGAAUACAAUGACAGCUAAAGUGAAAAUAAGAGACGCUAAUGAAAUAGAGAAAGCGCAAACUAAAGACUCCGAGACAAAAAACAAAUUAUUGAAACAAGCAUCUAAGGAAUCGUACACUUACAGAACUUCCGAUAACAGUGAUUUUGUAUAUAAAUAUAGUUUUCGAAAAGUGUUUUUACCAAAUGUCUGUCAUGUAUGUACGAAAGAGUUGGGUUCUAGAGUCGCUUGUAAAUUUUGCAACUUGUUGUUCUACUGUAGUCAAAAACAUAAAGAUGAAGAUUGGCCUCAGCAUCAGUUUCUGUGCUUCGUUGUGUGUACAAUGGCGCAUUUAAAAGAACAAAAAUUUAUUUACGGAGAUGUGAAAAACAUAACAGGACAGGAUUACAGAGUACUAAGAAUGCAGUUAAUAAUAUCAUGCGAAAAAAUGUUAAAAAGAAAACUAGUCCCGUGGGAGCAGGAGGCACUGCUAUAUCCCAGAAUUUGCAAUAAUAGUGCUUGUAGAGAAUGGAGGCAAGGUCUUUUAACCGACUGUCAAGGAUGUGGACAGGUAUCUUACUGCACGGAGCAUCCCGAACAUUUGCCAAUAUCUCACCAACGUUGGUGCAAGUCGUACGCUCUCUAUCAAAAGUUGGUCAGCUACCAACAAAAACUAGGUCGUUUGGAGCCAACGUUGCCCACUAAAGUAAUGCCAGCAGACUAUCAGAUCCCGGAAACAAUGAACGAAGUAUUAGCUUCAUUAUAUGAAGAGAAACUUGAUAUGAGCGACGUAGAUUAUGCAGCCGUGACUCAAAUAGCGACGGCGCCCCUCACUGCAGCCUAUUGCUAUCAGACGAACGGCAAGAAUUUCAAUGGUUUGACUAAGAAAUCAACUCUUACAAUUCACAUAGUGGGUGCUGAACUCCAAUUCGAGGCAGAUAUACUGAAUAAGUGGGAGGUCUUUUUCCUCCACCUUCGCCCUGAUGUAAAGGAUCUGAGGGUGGUUCUCAUCAGUCGUGACCUCAACCCAUCCAACUUACCACUGGAGCUGCUUAGUAAGAUUAAAUUAUGUGAGGCCUGUCGUUUAAGUAGUCGGCGGCUUCUGUUCAAGUUCAUAGACAAAAAGACUUAUCAAGAUUAUUUUAACAGUGACGAGUUUAUGAAACCCGACAUCGUGUGUUCCUUUAAUCAAAGCAUCGAAAGGGCAUCUAUUUACAAUGGAAGAGAUCACUGGCCUUCUACAAUCAAAUGCAUCUCCAAACUGAAGACACCGUUACUCAUCACAGGCUACACGUUAAACGAAUUGAUCAGAGAUAUAUCUAGAGUUCAGAAAUUAGCCAAUUUCAAUGUCAUUACUGAACCGAAACACAAUCAUUUUGCAAGUAUAAGACCCGAUAGAAAUUUUAUAACAGACGAUGAAAUGCCACUUUUAUUCAAAAAUUACUUUUAUACUGUUGUCUGUGGUUGA